AGAGGCACAACAUUCAGUCGCCGAGCGAACCAGAGCAGACCAAGAUCAUCUUGAGCAGUCGUCAUCAGCCAGUCUUUCGCCAGUCCAAAAAUAAACCAAAGUCAUCGUAGCUGCGGCAAAAAAGGCACCGAAAGAAAUUCUGCAAAAAAUAGAACAUAAAUUUUCCAUUUCGUAUCGAUUCGGGGACAAAAUUCAAAGAAUUGCGUAGUUUGUCGGGAAAUUGUCAGAAGACCACCACCACCACGACCACUUUCAUGUCUUGCCAAAAUCUUCGCUGCGUUCAGGCCAUCGGAGUAAACAGCUGCCGCGUUCGACAAGCGGCAAUGUCAGCACUUUAACAAGAAAGCAAAAUAAAAUAGAAGGAAAAUCAACCGAAUAACAAAUCCAUCGGGCAUCGACCAGAUAGUUGAAAUAUCCAAAAACGAAAAAAAAAUUAAUAACUCGCCGGAGUGCAAGUGAUUCGGGAGAGAGUGCGGAACAACUUUCCGCGGCAAACAAAAACAGGAGGACAGAGACCAGGGUGCAAAAAUUGAUUUCGUUAGCCUUUUGCCAGCACCAACUGCAUGGGUAAAGUUAUGAGAGUGAAUUCGUUACCGCCGCCCGCCCACAACUGCCACGCCCACGCCCGCUCCAAGCAACAACAGCAGAAGCAACCGAAAUUGAAGAAAAUUGAAAUCUAUUUUAUGUUCAACAAUUUGUGCAAGAGAAAAACUUUAACGGAUUAUAAUUUAUUGACACUAAAACAAAACCGAGUCAGUGAGUGAAUUACCCAAGCGAACCGGAAAACAGUGACAGUGAUCGUUAAAGUUUCAAUCAACAUAAGUCCGUAAAAAACUCACAAAACAAAUAAAAUAAAGUCAUAUUUCUAACACACCAAUAAAUAUUAUCGGAACUACUUAGGGAAACGUUAUUGCUUGGGUGAGUGUGGGCUGUCAGCGGACCCAGGAUUUAAAAAAAGGCAUCUGUAAAUCCCGAUCAAGAUGGUGGGAGUGACUGCGGAUGCCUCGCAGGCGAAUCAGCUGUCAUCGGAGAAGAACCCGAUGAUCAAGUACAUGCUGAAGACCCGUGAGAACCAUGCCAGGGAACAGGAUCGCGACUACUCGCACGUCUUCCGCCGGAAGACGAGGUUCGAGAUGUUCCGCUUGUCCGCCAUCGCGAUGGCCAUCGAGUUUGCCUACGCGGCGGAGACGAGUUUCGUGUCGCCGAUCUUGCUGCAGAUCGGCGUGGAUCACAAACAUAUGUCCAUGACCUGGGGACUGUCGCCUCUGAUUGGAUUUUUUGUCUCCCCGCUGCUGGGAAGUAUUAGCGAUCGGUGCAAACUUCGCUGGGGUCGCCGUCGUCCAAUUAUAUCGAUUUUAUCGUUUGGCAUUAUGUGUGGUUUGAUCUUGGUGCCAUAUGGCAAGGAUCUGGGUCUGCUACUUGGCGAUAGAGGAUACACCUACGCCGAGUCAGCUCUGAACUUCACCACCUCUGGGGCAGGAUCGGUGGCAGCUUUGGUUUCGAGUGAGAGCACAGGUCCUUCCGCUUCUGACUUUAAGUUUGCCGUGAUUCUGACCAUUUUGGGAAUGGUUCUGCUGGAUUUCGAUGCGGAUACUUGCCAAACACCUGCCCGCACCUAUUUGCUGGAUAUGUGUGUACCUGAGGAGCAACCGAAGGCGAUGACCAUGUUUGCGCUCUUUGCCGGAUUCGGAGGAACCAUAGGAUACGCCAUUGGAGGAGUCGAUUGGGAGACAACCCACAUUGGCAGUUUUAUGGGUGGCAAUAUACCCACUGUAUUCACCCUGGUUACCAUUAUCUUUGCGGUUUGCUAUCUGAUCACAGUGACCACAUUCCGUGAGAUUCCACUGACUUUGAUCGAGGAGGAUGAGCUGCUGAGACCUCUUUCCGAGCAAGCCAUCAAGAAGGAGCUGAAGAAAAAGAACAACACCAUUUACUAUAUCCAGGAAACCACUCAACUGGAACUGCAGAUGGCCAGCGAUGAUCCCAAGAGAUUGGAGGCCUUGCAGGGAAGCUACCAAAAUGGAUAUUCACCUGCUCUGGAAAAGCAAAACAAGUCGCAGGAUGUGGAGACCCAGUCGGAUUACGAGGCUCCCGUUUCCCUGAAAGCCUAUCUCAAGAGCAUCUUCAUCAUGCCCUACUCCAUGCGAAUGCUGGCUCUCACCAACUUAUUCUGCUGGAUGGGCCACGUCACCUAUUGCCUUUACUUCACGGACUUUGUUGGCGAGGCAGUUUUCCACGGAGAUCCCACAGCUGCUCCCAAUUCGCAGGAUGCCCUCAACUACGAGGCUGGAGUUCGAUUCGGCUGCUGGGGAAUGUCCAUCUACGCGUUUUCCUGCUCCGUUUACUCGCUUUCCGUCACCAAGCUGAUGAAGUGGUUUGGAACAAAGGCUGUCUACAUCAGUGGCAUGAUCUACUAUGGCAUUGGAAUGCUGGUCCUCGGCUUGUGGCCCACAAAAUGGGGAGUCUUGGUUUUCAGCACAUCGGCGGGUAUUCUUUAUGGAACAAUCUUCACUGUGCCCUUCAUACUGGUGGCCAGAUAUCAUGCCAAAAAUUGUUUCUGCAUUAAAAAUGGCGAGACUGUGCCGCUUAAACAAGCUCGAGGCUUGGGCACUGAUGUGGCCAUCAUUAGCAGCAUGGUGUUCAUUGCCCAGUUGAUUGUGUCCCUUUCCGUAGGACCUCUAGUGUCCUGGAUGGGCACAACCUGCGCCGUGCUGUACGCCUCUACGUUCUUGUCCUUUUUGGCUGCCAUAGCCGCCAUGUUUGUGUUAUAUGUCUAAGAAUUUAAGGAUAUAGUACCGAUCUUGUGCCAGUUAUGCACACAUAUCUUUCAUGAAUUUUACGUAGCGUAAACGUAGCUAGUUGAGUAUCUUUGCCUACUUUCUGGCAGUAUCUGCGACUGCACUCACAAUGUUGUGGCAUACUUUUAAGAUUGAAGCGUAUAUUGUACUUGUAUUCAUUUAAACACUUAUUUUUUUUUGGUAACCUGCAUGUGAAUAAAAUAUACUAAACUAAUAAAAUUA